CCUCAGAAAGGAAGAUCAGGGCAACUGUGAGAAUCACACCGAGAAGAUGGGAAUGGAGAGUCGCGGCCCUAAUUAAGCCAUUUUAAAUAGAAAUCGUCAUCGUAUUUACGUAACUCGGGUAAAUGCUGCUGUUGUUUACAUUUAUUGACAGGGAUAACUUCGGUUGGUAAAAGAACCAGGGGCCCGGGCCUCAGUCCGCGGUCUUGAGUUGAACAGCCAUCCGACAUCAGAGCGAGUGAGUCGGUGUGAACAGCGGAGCCUGGCUGCACAUCAUGGGCGACAGCAGAGAUUCUCGUAGUCCAGACAGCUCAUCAGUUUCUUCACCUCCAUCAGGUCAGCGUUCGCCCCCAUUGGCUCCUUCAGCUGCCGCCAUGACUUCCCUGCCACCCAUCACUUCAGCCGUGAACAGUCCCAUUAGCAGCAUGGGCUCACCCUUCUCAGUCAUCAGCUCCUCUCUGGGUUCUCCUUGCCUUCCUGGAACUCCCUCGGUAGGCUAUGGCCCCAUCAGCAGCCCACAGAUGAACAUGUUUCCCAGAAACGCAGAGAUCAACUCCACUGUGUCCAUGUCGGGUCUGCACGCCGUCAGCAGCUCUGAUGACGUCAAACCGCCCUUCGGGUUAAAGCCGUUGUCUGCCCACAGCCCAGGGCCCAUGGUCUCUCAGAAACGCUUGUGUGCCAUCUGUGGAGAUCGCUCCUCUGGCAAGCACUAUGGCGUGUACAGCUGCGAGGGCUGCAAGGGCUUUUUCAAGCGCACUGUGAGGAAGGACCUGAGCUACACAUGCAGAGACAAUAAGGACUGUCUGGUGGACAAACGCCAGAGGAACCGCUGCCAGUACUGCCGCUACCAGAAGUGCCUGGCCAUGGGGAUGAAGAGAGAGGUGGUCCAAGAUGAACGACAACGAUCCGUUCAGGAGGAGCGUCAGAGGAACAAGGAGCGGGAAGGAGAGGUGGAAUCCACCAGCGCCGCCAAUGAAGAGAUGCCCGUUGAGAAGAUUCUGGAAGCAGAAAUGGCCGUGGAGCAGAAGACUGAGCUGCAUGCGGAUGGCAGCUCAGGGGGGAGCUCUCCAAAUGACCCAGUUACAAAUAUCUGCCAGGCGGCUGAUAAACAGCUGUUUACAUUGGUGGAGUGGGCAAAACGGAUCCCUCACUUCAGUGAGCUGUCUCUGGAUGACCAGGUCAUCCUGCUGCGUGCCGGCUGGAAUGAGCUACUGAUUGCGUCAUUCUCUCAUCGCUCCAUCACGGUGAAGGACGGCAUCCUGCUGGCCACCGGCCUCCACGUGCACAGGAACAGUGCUCACAGCGCUGGGGUGGGAGCCAUUUUUGACAGGGAGAGUGCGCACAAUGCAGAGGUUGGGGCCAUAUUCGACAGGGUGCUGACGGAGCUGGUGAGCAAGAUGAGGGACAUGCAGAUGGAUAAAACAGAGUUGGGCUGCCUGAGAGCCAUCAUCCUCUUCAACCCAGAUGCAAAGGGAUUGUCAAGCCCAAGUGAAGUGGAGCUGCUGAGGGAAAAGGUCUAUGCAUCGCUGGAGGCUUAUUGUAAACAGAGAUAUCCCGACCAGCAGGGCAGGUUUGCCAAACUCCUCCUCCGACUGCCAGCGUUGCGCUCCAUUGGCUUGAAAUGCCUGGAGCACCUGUUCUUCUUCAAGCUGAUUGGAGACACCCCAAUCGACACCUUCUUAAUGGAAAUGCUUGAAGCACCGCAUCAGCUCACCUAACCUGGAGCGGUCUCGAUCCAGUUCAAUCCGGUUUGCACCAGGGUAUCGCAGUCCUCCCCCGGACUCUGGGGCUUUACUGUGUCUCACUUCCCAUUAACACCUUCCCCCACAAUUCUCUCCUACACGUUCUCCCUACCGCACCUUCAAACCAGUACAGCCCUGAAAAAAAGACUCUAAGCUGUCUGAAAAAAAACUUGUUUUCCAUGUAACGUUUUACACAGUAAGAGCUGUCCAGAGAGAUCUUAUUUUUCAAAUUCCCUGGAGGUUCUAAAUCCUAAGCUUCUGCUUCCAGUUUUAGAACUCUCGUAUUGAUUCUAGAGAUCUCUGUGUGUCGUUUUGGUUUGUAUGUUACUCUGAAUGCACGAACUGUACUUUUAUUUUUAUUUUUUGUUUGUCACUGCAGUUAGACGGCCCGUCGGCUGAAUUUACAGUGCAUGUGUGACCGGAGCGAGAGUCCGCCGAGCCCCGUGGCUGGUACGAAUCAAGUCGCGGCAGACCUGCCCGUUUGUUAUUUUUUGACUGUGGAAUACUGCUAACGUGCUAUCUUCAGGAUUUUUACCUUGAAAUCCUACUUUGUACUGUACUCAUGAAAUGAGUCCGAUUUAUAAACGGCAUUGGAAAUUCUCGGCCUGCUGCAUCUGGCCCUUAUGAAGUGCAGGCUGGAGUUUUACAUUUGUGAAUAAAUGUAUGCAGGUUUUGUUGGACAUGAAUUUUUGAUCAUGUUCCAAGGAGCGCCUAAAGGCACAGAUUAAAUCUCGCAGGAGAAUCCUGCUCUUUUUGGCUGCAAUAGGAGGGUCGACCUUUUUUUUUUUGACUUGUGUUGUUUUUAAAUAGGCUGGUAUUGGUGUUGGUACCUUCUAGAGGACCUUAUACCUUUGCCACUUCUUAAUUUUCCCCAAGUUUCAUUUGGUCCAUUUCCUCAAAUUCCUCAAAUGGGAACCAAAUCCACACCCCCCCCAAAAGACAAAUAUUUAUAGUGUGUAUGUGUGCUGUGAAGUAUGUCCAACCACUCUUGUCCUUUCCAUGUGAUCGGUGUUGCAGGCCUUUUCUUUUGUUCAUGAAAUCAGCUUGUCAUCAGGCUCCUCUGGAAUUAACUGGUACUAACUUUUUUUUGACAUAGUAAAAAAACAACUGUGAUUCUGAUUUGUUUAAAGGCUGGAAUUCACUACAUGAUCCCAAUUAACUGUCUGGAAGAGUUGAUGCUAGUCAAUGAAAGUUGGAGCUAGUGAGCAGAUUUUAGACAUUCAGCGAUUGAUCAGUUUCACCUAAAAUCGCACCUAAAAGUCUUUCAAUUUUGAUUAUCUCCAGACUGAUUCCAUCCAGUCAGAGAAUAUCAAACAUUCUUGAUAUUUUAAUCAGAUUUUAGAAAGAAUUUUUUCAUUUUACGUCUGUACUAGUUACAGGAAGGCUCUUUUUGUGUAUGAUGCCUGGUUUAUUAAGUAUGACGCCCUGCGUUUUAACAUCUAGUGUAUUCCAGCCUUCACAUGUUCUAGUAGAAUCACCUUCUACAUUCCAUCCAUACAGGUUGCUUCACUUAUAGCAACUCACUUAAUCCUGCAAGAAGGUAUUAUCGAACACAUCCGUCUGAUUCAACAGCGACUUAGUCGUUCUGUGUUCAAUCUGAAAGGUCGACGUGUCAAAACCAGCAUCCAUCACAAUCUCUAUGCAUUUAUGUGAGAGCGAAAGCAUAGUCUUGGAGAAAGACUGAACAUGCCGUCAGGGAAAGAAUCCAGCAAACGCACCAGUAUUAAUGGUGGGUACCAUUUUUUUUUCUCUACGAAAACUUGUUGGUUUUCGUGGCUCAAACCAAGUAAUUUUAGGCAGAGACUUGAGAUCAAAUACUGACAGUAUUUGAAGUUUUUCUAUAAAAGAAUAGCUAGAGAUUGCAAAUGGUCCCACCUGUUUUUGGUGCUAAUAAUGACAUACUUGUUGACACCAAAAUAGAUGCACAGUGGUGGUCGAAAUAUGCAAUUUCUCCAAUAAGCUUGAAUUUGAUAUGCCAACUACUUGUUUAAUACACAAUUAUCCACCUACAUGCAGAUUCCUAUUACUAUCUGUACUCUUGUACAAGUGUUUUAUACAUCCACAAGGUGCUUAAAUCUGAAUCUGAUUGAGCAUCAGAAACGAUGGACUGAUGGAUUGUAUCGUGAUCCAUAAUACAUCAGCCAUUGACAUGUGACUGAAUCCAGACUUCCAGUGAUAGCUUUGAAUCUUCUAGUUUAACUUCCCCAUGUGUUUGUUUUGUUGAGGCUAUAGGAGAAAUCCUGUUUCCAGUCUUUUCAAUGUGAUCAACAACCGACCUCCGGUCCUUAAAUUUGGCUUCCCGUUAGUUUAGAGGUUUCUGUGUUUUCUUGCAUGUCUUGUCUGCCAGGUUUCCAUUUAUCCAGGAAUUGAAGCUAAUUGGGUUGGUGUUGAUGGUCUGCUUUAUAUCUGAACGGUGGGAAGGCUUAUUUGAUUGAUUGUGCACUGUAUGCUCAUGUUUUACAUGGGCUGUCAGUCAGCCUCUGGUGGUGUGUGUGUGUGUGUGUGAGCAUGAAGCAAUGCAGAAGAAGUCCUAUGUGAAAGAUACAUACAAGAGGCGUUCCUUGAAAUGGAGUGCAAUGGCCCCCGUCUCCUAUUACUUGAUUGCAGUUUGCCAUAAUCGACUUUUCGCUUGAAUGCAUAUUAAUCCAGACAUACGCUGUGAGCUUGUGUGUUCGUGUGGCCGACCCUCCCUGUCUUUUGGGGUCCACUUUUAUUUUCUCUCCCUGAAAAUUGUUACUUUAUUCACAACUUCAUCUUUUAACGGCUCUCUAGGGUUGCAAAGCGUUCAUAAAAAUGAAUAAUCUAUGGCUUGCACAGGUUUUCGUACCAUUCGUCUCGUAACCCCUGAAUUACCCAUGAUGCACCUGAACUGAUUCAGCACUGCCAAACAGGUGCGAGGGGAGUGUUUUCUUGGGUGUUCCUGACUAACCCUUACUGGUUGACUGUGUACUGUGAUGAUCACUAAGCAGAGCCCCUAUUGCAACUAUUUAUACAGAGCUGAGUCAGACAUCCAGAGGGUUCUGUUAGUGCGUGUUUUCUAAGGCCUCGUUGCUGCAAUUUAAGUCGUCAGACGCGGGAAAGCCCUCCUGUUUGUGUGUCUUUAAAAAAUAUGCACAGUGCGAACUUGAAUUAACCUCUGCCUGAGAGUGAAGUGGUUAUGCACGUUACCGUCUGAUUCGCUUUAGUUUACCGCUGAAUGUUUGCUCGUGUAAAGAGAGAGAGAUGCGUUAGAUAUGAGUGAAUUUGCACAAAACCUUUCGGGAAUGUGUCUGGGUCACGUCUCAUUACAAAACCGAAAGAAGGAAAUGUAUGGCCAAGUCUAUUUUUAAGACCUUUUUAAUGCUCGUUUUACUUUUUCAUCACUGUAAAGUGUUAUUUAAAUUGCGAAUUAUCCUGAUUUAUAUAAAAAUCACUGGCCUGCAUUAGUGAAAAUCACUAUUUAGAGUAAUUGUAAUGAUGCCUUUUUUUAAUUACCAGUAUUUUUCCCGUUAGAUUUUGAGGUGAAAUGUGACCCAUACGUGUUUUUGUGAGAUUCACUCAUAUUCAGGAUCGUGUUUGACAGAUGUACAGCUGAAGGGGGGCUAUAUGAUGAUGAUUUUGUAUUUGUUAAUGAAUGGCCGAUGGAAACGGUGAUUAAGUGGGAGGCUUUAAGAGAUUACAGACUUGAUAUGAAAGAGCUUUCUUAAUUUACUCCCACCAAAAGAAAAAAAAUAAUGCUUCUCACUGUUUUCUGACUGCUCUUUUCUUAUGCUUUACAUCUUUGUGUAUCCUGACGUAUUAGUGCAAAACUGUUAUGUUAUUUGGGGUCUUCCCCCUCCCCACACCCUUCCCUCUUCAUUUUUCUUGUCUAGUUUUUAAAUCUGUCUCCAGCAGUUGUGGAAAUGAUUGACUGUACUGAGUGUGGAGAAAGAAAAAUGUCUUUCUUUUUUGCUUUAUUGUCAUUAAUUCAGAAUCUGUUUUUGUUGGAUGUACCAUGUGUAAGUAAAGGUUUUAAUACAGCA